ACCCGAGGUACCUUGUCAAAAACACCUAUUAAACACCUAAAAAGUUAACAAAUUAACAAGUUAAUAAAUUCCUUGGUCACCUUGUGUUGUGUUUUCUGUGGAUUCCUGUAAUUUGUUUAUUGUUAUUUCUUAUUUACAUGUUUGAUCAAAUGUUUACGUUAGAUUAGUGGGGAAUAGUGCUGUGGCCCUUUAAAAAGAGGAGUUCGUUUACAGGAUAGAUACAUUCAACCCGGUAUGCAGCCACUUGUGUCUGCCUUCCUGCAUCAACAUGGCUCAUGUCUUCGUCUACGGCACCCUGAAGAAGGGCCAGCCCAACUACUACCGUAUGUUUGAGAGCGCCAACGGGAAGGCGGAGUUCCUCUCCUCGGCCUGCACCGUCCAGAAAUACCCGCUAGUGAUAGCCGGCAAGUACAACAUCCCUGCCCUCCUCAACCUCCCAGACCAGGGUCGACGAGUCCGAGGAGAGAUCUACAAAGUGGACGACAAGAUGCUGAAGUUCCUGGAUGACUUUGAAGGGGUUCCCACCAUGUACCAGCGGACUCUGGUCAAACUGGAGGUGCAGGAGUGGGCGGGGCAGACACACGGGGAGCAGAGGCCUGCAGCAGGGAGCAUCACAGAGGCGUUCGUGUACAGCACGACUUCAUACCAGCCGGACUGGCCUUCACUGCCCUGCCACGAGAGCUACGACUCUUACGGAGAUCACGGGCUUCAGUAUGUGUUCAGAGAAGAUUGGAAAAACUGAUGGAAAUAAGACGAGCAAAUACAAAGUAGAUAGAAAAUAUGAGCACAAAGUUUCUUUUCUUCUACCUCUAUAUGAAUCAUCCUCUAUAUUAUGUCAGAGUUCUCUCUCUUACCCUUUUGUGACUAGAGUUCCUGCCCGGUGGCUCGGUGCUCGAACUGGUUAAACUUGUGAACCAGCUCUGAGCCGGUUUGCUUUUCCACAGGCUAUAGAGCCACACCAUUACGACACUUAACAUCUAUAUACAGUAGUGUUCAAAAUAAUAGCAGUCCAAU